AUGGACGCGAUCGCCAGUGUGAAGAACUACCUAGAGAAGAUCAUCUCAGACCCGCAGCUAGAGGGGAUGAAGGCGCUGCUGCUGGAUGCUGACACUAAGAGCGUCAUCAGUAUGGUUAUGUCCCAGUCGCACAUCCUGCAGCGCGAAGUGUUCCUAGUGGAGCAGCUGGACGCAACCCACGAGCCCAUGCUGCACCUCAAAGCCGCUGUCUUUGUGCGACCCACCUCACGCAAUGUGGAGCUUCUACGCCGAGAGCUUAAGUCGCCCAAGUAUGGCCGCUACCACCUCUUUUUCUCCAACAUCUUGCCCGUCGAGGCGCUCGAGAAACUCGCAGAAGCGGAUGAGAAGGAGGUCGUAAUGCAAAUUCAAGAAUACUACGCUGACUACCUGGCGGUCAACGACUCGCUCUACGACUUUGGCCUACACAACUCCAUUCAACUCAAUGUCAAGAUGCCCAGUGCUUCGCCUGGAGGAGCUCUGCUAUCCACUGCCACGGCUGGAGUUCAGACCACAGAUCCUGUGGACAAGACCAAAAUGACACCCCCGCAAUUGUUUAUAAGAAGCGUAGAAGGACUACUAUCUGUGCUGCUAUCCAUGAAGAAAAAGCCGACGAUCCGGUAUGCCAAAGGAUCGGAAGUGGCCGAGAAACUGGCGCGUGAAGUGUCUGCACGGAUGCAACUCGAGCAAGAUGGACUUUUUGACUUCAGACGACCAGAGGUGGCCCCACUCGUGUAUGUACUGGACCGUAAGGACGACCCCGUGACGCCAUUACUCACUCAAUGGUGCUACCAAGCCAUGGUGCACGAACUGCUUGGAUUGCACGAGAACCGCGUGGAUCUCCGCGACGCACCCAAUGUGCGUAAGGACAUGACGGAGCUGGUGCUAUCUACAAUUUCGGACGAUUUUUUCGCCCAACAUGUGCACGCCAACUUUGGUGACUUGGGUAUGGCAGUAAAGCAGCUCGUGGACAAGUAUCAAUCGCAAACUCAGACCCACGAGAACAUUCAGUCUAUUGACGAUAUGCAGCGCUUCUUGGAGAACUAUCCAGCUUUCAGAUCCCAGUCGGUCACGGUAUCCAAGCAUGUGACGCUGAUGGGUGAAUUGGCACGUCGUGUGGAAGUGGAUGGACUUAUGGACGUGAGCCAAUUGGAGCAGGAACUCGCAUGCGGAGACGACCACAACGCGCAUUUCCGCGAUGUGGUGACGAAGCUCAAAGAUGCGCAAGUGAAGCCACUUAACAAGCUGCGCCUAGCGAUUCUAUAUGCUUUACGCUACGAAACACACAGCUCGGUGCAGCUCAAGACGGUCAAGGAGUUGUUGGCAGCCCCGCACGGAGGAGGGUUGCCUGCUGAACGUGUGGCUUUGAUUGAUGCUUGUCUAAAGUUUGGCGGCCAGAAGGCUCGUCAAGGCGACUUGUACGGUGAUCGUGCUGGACUGAAGAAGUUCAUGCGGGCAGUCACUCAAGGUGUGCAAGGGGUUCCGAACGUGUAUGCGCAACACGUGCCGCCGCUAGUUAAGAAGCUAGAAGUUAUUCUAAAGGGUCAAUUGCUGGAUCAAGAGUUUGGCGUGGUGAAUGGAGGUGCUGGUGCUACAACGUCCACUGACCUUAGCGGAAGCAACGGCGUAAAGCGAGUCCGUGACGUUAUCGUGUUCAUGUGCGGUGGUGUCACGUUUGAAGAGGCCAUGAAAGUGGCCGAGCUUAACCAGAAGGCAGCUUCGACAAAUUCAGGCCAGCGCAUUCUCCUUGGCGGAUCACGCAUUCACAACUCGACGAGUUUUCUCGAGGAGGUAGCGGCGGCGUACAAUUUGUCCCCUCUCCAUGGACACGGCGGCGCGAACGCUAACUGGAACUACGAUGGCAAGAAACUCUAG